AUCGCCGAUGCCCAGAAUAAAUUUAUGCGCCACAAUCUGCACCGCAAUCAGGAAUCAGCAGCAGCCAACAACCGACUGAGUGCGCGAGCGAGCAAAGCUGCUUGUUAUUACUGUAGAGAGUCCCGGCCAGCCUGGCGCUCGUUCUCCCACCACGGCUUCGCAGCCGUCCUCGCACGACGGCCGGCUUUCAUCCCCGUGGAAGAAGCAGUUCCAUGUUGUUGGUCUUGUCGUCGCCGCUGUCAUGACGGGUAUCAAGUCCAGGCUUCGGCAAAAGUUGUUGCGGAGAGGGAGCUCUGCCGCCUCGUCGACCAAAAGCGGCGACCGUGCGGUCAAGAAGUCCAUCUCCCUUUCCAAACUGCCCAAGGUCUCCAAUACCCACUCCAGCUCCAACGCAUCCUCCUCCCACGACAUCGACCCACGGUUGACCCAAAGCGAGGUGCUGAACGCUGGCCGCGAUCUCACGCCAGCGUCCGUGCUAGCAACGACCGCGGCGGGGACAUCGACCUCGAGCUCGCUUUUGAAAGAUCGGCACGAUAGCACCGCACCGUCUGCUAAGACCGACGACACCUCCAGUUCGCUUCUCCCUCCCAAGUCCAAAUCUCCAGAAGUUCAUGUCGUCCCCCCGGCUCUCACCCUCGAAGCACCCACUCCCUUGCAUCCUCCUAUCCAGCCCGCAUCGCUGCAGCCGUCGCCCGACCUCAACCUGACCAGCAGCUCCAACUUCACCACCACCACCACCCCCGCCGCCAACGCUACCGCAGAAGAGCCUGCCGAGUCGGAGGAACUGCUGUCGGAGCUCCCUUUGCAAGCCACCACUCACCCACGUCCUCCCCCCAUAGUCCGCCGUCAGUCUCUUGUCGAUCCUGCAAAUACACGCGCAAUUACGCUGCUAGACCCGGGCAUACCCGCUGUCGCUGUCGCCCUACCAUCCGAUCCAUCCACCGACUCUCACCAGCUCCCCGCCCCCACCAACUUCAGCGCCGGCAUGCUGCACCGCAAGAUCUGGGUCAAGCGCCCACAUGCUUCUGCCACCUUGGUUCAGAUCCGUGAGGAUGACCUGGUCGACGAUGUGCGCGACAUGAUCCUCAGAAAGUACGGCAAUUCGUUGGGCAGGAGCUUCGAUGCCCCGGACAUCCUGCUCCGCAUAGUAUCCCGCGACACCCCCAACCACACUAGCUCAAAAUCACAGGAUCGCGUCCUGGGGCCCGAGGAGGAAAUGUGUAGGACAUUGGACGCAUACUUUCCCGGUGGCCAAUCUGUCAGUGAAGCCCUCAUCAUCGAAAUUCCUAAACCCAGGACCCCAAAGGCCUCGCCCCGUGUCCCCCUCUACUAUGCCCACCACGACGACUCGGCCAACCACCAAACCGAAUAUUUCCCUCCCAUGCCCCCCGUGGUCAAUCCUUCCCCGGCUGCCGGCAUUCACGAAUCCCGCGCCUCUCUUACACAUGCUCCGCACUCUAUCGCAGUGCUGCAAACCGGCCAGCUUCCGGCUUUGCACUCACCAGGGAGUUCGAGACGGCACCCGAAACGCCCCAACACUACACGCCAUAACACUGCGUCACCCACCACACUGACUGGUGUUCACCACGCCUCAGCAUCUGCUCGCCCUUCUUCAAACCGCCCUCGCCAUGAUUCAUCCGCGUCGGAAUCAAAACACUCUGCUACCGCGCAUGCUCCCAUACCUACUCCGCCGAUCCCUGUGGAAUCUGUGCGCCAAAACUCGACUCCUCCCACACCGCGAGUGGCCUCACCCCGGCCAGACAAGAAGCCAUCUCGAUCGGGCAAGAAAUCAAGACCCAUAGAGCCACCAAGCCUACCGGCGGGUCUAUUAGACAAUUCAGUACCACCCAUCAAUGUGCUCAUUGUGGAAGACAACAUCAUCAAUCUGAGAGUUUUGGGGGCUUUCAUGCAGCGCCUCAAGGUUCGAUGGCAGAGGGCCAUGAAUGGAAAAGAGGCUGUCACCAAAUGGAGAGCAGGUGGCUUCCACUUGGUGCUCAUGGAUAUUCAGUUGCCCAUAAUGGACGGCUUACAAGCAACAAGAGAGAUCAGGCGGUUGGAACGGGUCAACAGCAUUGGCGUCUUCAGCUCCGGAAGCAGUGAGGCACCCAACAACAGACUAGGCGAAAACGGAUGCUACGGCAGCAGCGACAUCAAGGAAGAUGACAAGCUUGGCGAGAAGAAUAUGUUCAAGAGUCCCGUCAUCAUUGUGGCGCUUACAGCCAGCUCACUCCAGAGUGACCGACAUGAGGCUUUGGCAGCUGGCUGCAAUGACUUCUUGACCAAGCCUGUCAACUUUGUCUGGUUGGAGCGCAAAGUGAAGGAAUGGGGCUGUAUGCAGGCCUUGAUCGAUUUCGACGGCUGGCGCAAAUGGAAGGAUUUCGCAACAGAUUCCGAUACGACGACUGGCACUUCGAAGCUCUCCACUUCUUACCACACUAUUGCUCCCCGAAAGAAGAAACCAGCUAGCCCAACCAUCGGUUCUCACCCACCCAGCAACGGAGAGGCAGGUCCAUCAUCCGUCAAUGGUGGCGUGGCGAAGCCAAAAGAUGAGGAGAAGAAGGGCAAAAGGAGAAGUAUGGGAGUCAUACCGCCCCCAUCUCUCCCCGAGGAAGAUGAUGCUCCUUCAAUAUCAGGUGUAAAGAGCCCCGAAGGCUAG